GGAAGGGAGAGGUCUGCUGGGUGAGGGUCUGCUUGGCUGAAGGGAGGGGGCCCCUGGAGCUGCUGCAGCGGCCAUCGCGGGGAGGCGGGCGGGGGUAAGGCGCUGCUGCUGCCGCUGCUGCUACUGCUACUGCCGCUGCCGCUGCCGCCACGCCACCGCCGCCGCCUCUCUCCGGGUGACACAGGCAGACGCCGGGAGUGACAGUGGCGAGGAGCUCAUUCUGACUUGUGGAAUCUGCAGUGUUCUGUGAUCCAGUUACUACUACACGGGGCUCCCAAGCCGCUGGCUGUGCGAUCUGCUCUGACAUUGGGGAAAGUUCGGCUUGCUGUGGACCUCUGGGCCUGAAUCUUGAAUCCUGCAAGGAGUAAAAUUAAUGAGCCUGGCAAUUCCAACCAUUUCCCCAGCAUAAAUUGACAUCACUGUCAGAGAGAAAGUGGAGAUUUUUUGGAAAGCUGAACCUCUGCUAUCAGGAUGGGGAAACAGAACAGCAAACUACGCCCAGAGGUGAUGCAGGAUUUGCUGGAAAGCACAGACUUUACUGAACAUGAGAUCCAGGAAUGGUAUAAAGGCUUCUUGAGAGACUGCCCAAGUGGUCAUUUAUCUAUGGAGGAGUUUAAGAAAAUAUAUGGGAACUUCUUUCCUUACGGGGACGCUUCCAAAUUUGCUGAGCAUGUCUUCCGCACCUUUGAUGCAAAUGGGGAUGGAACAAUAGACUUUAGAGAAUUCAUUAUUGCCCUGAGUGUAACAUCGAGAGGGAAACUGGAGCAGAAGCUGAAAUGGGCCUUUAGCAUGUAUGACCUGGAUGGGAACGGGUACAUCAGCAAGGCCGAAAUGCUGGAGAUUGUUCAGGCAAUCUAUAAGAUGGUUUCUUCAGUAAUGAAAAUGCCUGAAGAUGAAUCAACACCAGAGAAAAGGACAGAGAAGAUCUUUCGCCAGAUGGAUACUAACCGAGAUGGCAAACUCUCUCUGGAAGAAUUCAUUCGAGGAGCUAAGAGUGACCCCUCCAUAGUGCGCCUCCUGCAAUGUGACCCCAGCAGCGCCGGCCAGUUCUGAACCCCAUCCCCAUUGUCUGGAUGAAUUCUAUAGAGCUGCUUUUUCUUCUUUUUUUUUUCUUUUCUAUUUUUUUUGCCAAACAUUGGUGGUGAUGUUGCCUCUGUAUGGCCAGAUAUUCCUUCUUCUGUGACACCUUUUAGCUUCUUUUGUGGAUGUGUUCAUGGGAAUGCCAAGUGCUCUCAUCUGCUUGUCAAGAGCAUGGACAAUACUGUUCUACACAGAUUUUGUGGUGUUCGUUGUUUUAAGGUUUGUUUUUUUUUAAUUAUUGUUGUUGUUGUUAUUUUGGUUUAACAUGUCUGUUCUUAAAACUAAGAAUCAUGGAUGCCAGAGUUCAAAAAGUAUGUAACCUUGAAGCAUCAUGCUUGAGGGGCUCUAAAAGAUUUAAAAAAUAUUUUGAAAAAAAAAAAGCUCAAAAAAGAGAUUUAAGAAAAAGAAAAAAAACUACUUCCCCUGUUUCUAUUGCUGAAUACACCUAAGUGUUCCAAGUACAGAUGCAAUUGGGAACUGUUUCCCAAUAACAAUUAUACCUUGGCCCUAGGGCGCAGCCACCAAACAGGCUUGAACAAUCAACCCAUGAAAGCUCACUUCCAGUGUGGGCUGUAGUGUCUAAGCUGUGAACAUUACCAAGGGUGAAUAAGCAGAAGGUAGGGGCAAGAUGACUCAGCUGGUUUUUCAAACAGGUUUACACUAGUCAACGUAACAUAAAUUUACUGAGGAAAUAAACAAAAAUCUCCCAUAAUCUAUCUUCCAAAACCAGGCCUAUAUCUAGUCGCUCUUUGUGUUAAUAGACAAGAAUGUUGUAAAUAAAUAUAUAGUGGUGGAGAAUGAAGACAAAAACAGUGUUCUGGAAUGCUGAAGGAAAAUGCAUGUGUAAUGAGACCUUGGGAAAGGGUGGUAGUGUUCUUAUAGACUUACUACAAAAGACUGUUUUUGUUUUUGUUCUGGUAGCUUAUUGUGAGGUAAGCCAGCUCUAAUGGAUGUCUGACAUGUUGUGUUUUAAAGUCAUAUCUUCUGUCUGCACAGAUGCGCCAGUCAAUAGGUGUAUUUUAUGUAUUUAAAAAAUGAAAAAAAAAUCUAUCAAAAGGGCCCAGUUCUUCAUUUUAUGUUUCCAGGUAAAGGAUGUUUGGGAAAGGGAAGGAGUUCAGACUUACCAGGGAUGGGAAUUUUAGGCUAUUACCAGGACCAUAAUCAAUGGGAGUAGAAACCUUGUGCUUCAAAAAGGAGAAAAUGAUAGGUGCACAUACCAUUGGGCCUAAACCCAAAUCUGUGACACUUUUGAGUUGUGUGUCUUCCCAAGUCAGGGUCCCCAGAUGUCCUUGAAAUAUAAUCUCCAGUAUUGUUGGCUAGGGAAAUCAAUCAUCCUAUUCUUUUGGUAAGGAGUCUGGAAGCACUGCCAAGGUUGGCAAAGGGACCCAAGGAUGGAUAUGAUGAAUGAGACAUGAAUGUGGCAGCAUUUGCCAUUACCAGAAUACAAUCAGAGGGCUGAUUUUGGUUCAGGGUCUGUGCUGAGGUGCAAUCAGGUUCCCCACCUUUUUCAUGCAAAUUACUGAUUACUUUAGAUUUCAAAAAAAGUUAGAGUCCAAUACCAAGGUGCUAAAUGUCAAUGAACAGCAGGGGAGAGCAUCAUUCUUCACACUGAAGGGUGUGUCCAUAGCUAGAGCUCGUGGGGGAUAGAGAUCAAGCAUGGCCCACCAAAGAGAGAUAGAUAACACCUCAGGUUGGUUCUCCAUCACAGGUCACCACGGAGGGCAAGCAGAGACAUUGCAUUUAUAAACAUUAAAAAAAAACAUGACUAGAAAAAAAGGGGGGGAGGGGGUAGUUAGGUAGCACAGUGGAUAGAUACUGGCCCUGGAUUCAGGAGGACCUGAGUUCAAAUCUGGCCUCAGACACUUGACACUUACCAGCUGUGUGACCCUGGGCAGGUCACUUAACCCUCAUUGCCCCACAAAACAAAAUAAAACAAAACAAACAAACAAACAAACAAACAAAAAAAACAUGACUAGGCAGCACAGUGAGCUCAUAGAAACAUGCCCUCCAUACUGUAUUAUUAGCAAUGUGGGAGAUGGAGUUUCUUGCUGGGGGGAAGAUAGAAAGAAGACAAGACAGGAGGGGAGUAAAAUGUUGUUGUUGCUCGUCCUUCAUUUUCUUUUUCUUUCUUUCUUUUUUUUUCCCUUCAUUUUCAAAGAGGACCAAUGACUAGAAAAGUAGGAAGGGGCCAGAUUAGGAAGUGUUUUGAAAUCCAAACAGAAGAUUUUUUUUAUUUCUAUUCUUGUUCAUUUGAUUAUACAGGUGAAAGGAAAUUAGACUCAGUCUCCCUUUCAUCUUCACACCAGCCUGGAGAUUAAGAGCUAAUCUCAGCUGGGAAAUUUUGCAAGGUCCCAACCACUCUCAGCCUCCUUAGAUAGAGGGCUUUGGAUAGCCUUGGGCCUUCCACCCAGAAAUCUCCAGGUUUCCUUAGUGCUUAUAGACUGGUAAGUGUUUGAGCUUUAUCAUUGAAGGGAUUAGCCCUACCUCUUGGAGACCUUCCCUCCCUCCACUCUAUUUUCAUCACUCUGCAGAAGUACUUAUGCAUUGAUGAGUGUCUUUGCCUCUUUUACCUUCUAGUAAUGAAGCAACAAGUGGCUCUUGUAACUCUCCUUUCCAAUCUCUCCCCAGGCUACAGUGUAGCCCUCUGAAUCAGAAGCAGAUCUAGGACUCAUCAUUGAAGGCCGGUAUAGGAUGGAGGACAGCUCCCACUCUGUGGUAGACUCCAGGGCCCUGCCAUCCCACUUGGUACCCCCUUCCUUGCUUCUACCCUCUGCCUAAAUAUAGAGAAGGCAAGGAGAUGAUAUUCCUCCUACACCCAGGGAAAGACCAGCUGAUGAAAAUGACCAACCCUCUAGUAAAUAAAUAGGAUAUAUUACAUAUUUUUGCAGAGAGGCAGCCUUGCAUAGAGUAGAGAGAGCUGGCCUUGGUGUCAGGAGAACCUGUGUUCAAGUCCUGACAUACUAGCUGAGUGCCUCUAGGCAAGCCAUUCAACACUUUAUACUCUGGGCAACCCUCUUUGGAUUCUAAGCUGCAGAGAAGGUGCCAGCCUGCAUUGGGUAAAGGAUGAUUCCUGCCUGAGAGUUCCCUGUACCAGUGAAAUCACUGGUGUAGUCCCCAUGUAUAUUUCUGCUUCUGCAGAGCAUUGUGUUAAAGGGGCUGUUAAAGAAAGAAUUUCUACUUUCUAUGUAGCUUUCAACUCUAGCCACAGUGAUGCCACAGUAAGGGGUGUGAGGACAUUGAGGGAGUAAGGUUGACCCAAGAAUGGCCCUGAAAUACAACAGGCACCCAGUAUGGCUGCCCCCCCCCAUUCAUCUCAUUGCAUACUGACCAGAGACCUUCAGAAAAGGGAUGGGAUUAGUUACAUGCCAUUGGCAAAGUCCAUCACUCAGUUGACAGUGUUGUAACACCUUUUUUUUUGUACAGGGAUGUAGUUAAGAUAAACAAAGCACUUGCUGGGUAAUGAACACCAUCUGCCCUAGAUUCCAGUAUAGAGGAUCCAUGUCAACCUUGCCCUGGUUUCAGAGUUAUAGAACCCAGAACUGAACUUCUCCUGUUGUUUUUUUUUUUUUUGCAGUAUGACAUGAUCAAAUCAGUUUACUAAAGGAGGACUUUAUUGAAAAGGUCUGGGCCAUGCCUCCUUAGCCAUAGAAUCUUACCAAAUUAAAGUCUUUUUUUUUUCUAAUGCAGCCCAAUGCUGGAGGGCAGAGCAUGGUAUUCCCCAGGACAGAAAUAAAUAACUGGACAUAUAGCGAUUCCAUACACUCAACAGAAAGCAUUGAAAUCAUCCUCUCCUUUACAUACCACUGAUUAUUUCUAUUGUUCAUAUAGACUGUCCUUCUCCAUCCCAGAAGCUACCAGUAAGUACUCUGUAUGUAAUUUUAUCCAUUGCAAUGGGAUCCAGUUAGUUAAAGGGACAUCAAUGUACUGAAGCCUAAAAGAUUUUGUACUACUCUUCUGCUAAGUAACAUUACUGUGUCCUGGAAUCUCUGGAAAAGAAGAAUGUCCAAGCCAAAAUAAAGAUGAUGUGUGAUGUUUGAGGGACUGGAAUAAAAUGGCUUACAACUCGAAGGACUCUA